UUUGCGGCUUUGCCCACUGCUAACGUGCAGUUCAUAGACGGACUUGUUUGAAGGGUUUGAGGGACUUGUUGCCCUCAGAUAGAGACACCAUUAAAUAGAACCGUUAACUGACGCAUCAUCACCAAUGCCUCCGGAGACGGUGGAUUCCCGCGAACACGGUACAAUAGCUUAGUGCGCACAAGCUGUAGUCACGUGACGUCUGAGUUAUCCGAUGCGCUUAUCUUCUCUGGAGUAUGGCGAGCGGUGACAACGAAAGGCCGACUCUAUCAUUAAAUAGAACCCUGAACUGACGCAUGUGACUGGAGACGGUGGAUUCCGGUUGGUGCACUAAAUUGGCGCACUUGCCGAAGCCGUAGUCACGCGACUUCUGUGUUAUCCUGCGCGCUUCUCUUCUUUCUAGUAAGGCCUGCGAUGACAACCAAAGGCGACUCAAUUAUGGUGCUGGAAAUGGUCGUCUGCUCCGUGGCCGCCCUCUUCGUUCUCUUCUUUUCUUCCCUCCUCUUCUUCUGCAGGCGACGCUCGCGUCCUCCCGAGCCCGCUGACUUGACCCUCUUACGGAGCUACCCCGUCGUCGGGAACCUCCCUCACUUCGUCAAGAACCGGCACCGCCUCCUGGAAUGGGUGACGGAGCUCGUCGCCGCCUCCCCCACCGCCACCGUCACCGUUGCCCCCUUCGUCUUCACCGCCAGCUCCGCCAACGUCGAGCACGUCACCAAGGCCAACUUCGGCAACUACCCCAAGGGCGACGCUGACGUCGCCACCCUGCACGACUUCCUCGGUCGCGGCAUCUUCAACUCCAACGGGGCCGAUUGGAAGUCGCAGCGCAAGACUGCCAGCUUUGAGUUCAACACCAGGUCCCUCCGCGCCUUCGUCCUCGACAAGGCCCGCCGCGAGCUCGUUGGCCGGCUGCUCCCCCUCCUGAACAGGGCUAGCCGGAGCGGCGACGUCGUCGACCUUCAGGACGUGCUCGAGCGGUUCGCCUUCGACAACAUAUGCAGUUUGGUGUUCGGGAUGGACCCCAAGUGCCUCGGAGGCGGCAGCGAGGAGGGGGAGCGGUUCUUCCACGCGUUCGACCGGGCCGCGCACCUCAGCAUCGAGAGGAUGAACUGGCCAUUUGCCUGGAUGUGGAAGCUGCAGAAAUGGCUGGGCGUCGGUGCGGAGAGGUGUCUCCGCGAAUCGAUGUCGAUCGUCCACGACGUCAUCGAGAAGGCCGUGAAAGCGAGAAGAUCAACACCGAUCAAGAGCGACAUGGGAAGCGACUUCCUCUCCCGGUUCGCGGCUGACGGCGCCAACUCGGACGAGUACGUCCGCGACAUCCUCAUCAGCUUCGUGCUCGCCGGGCGCGACACGACGCCCUCGGCGCUCACUUGGUUCUUCUGGCUCCUCUCCUCGCGACCCGACGUGGUGAACAGAAUAAGGGAAGAGGUCAAGCGCAUCCGGUCUCGGCGGCAACCGGGAAACGACGGUGAGGAGGCAGCGACGUUCACUCUGGAGGAGCUGAGGGAGAUGGCCUACGUCCACGCUGCAAUAUCGGAGUCGCUGCGGCUGUACCCGCCGGUGCCGCUGCUGCCGCGCGUGAGCGCGGAGGAGGACGAGACGCCGGACGGGGCGCGGGUGCGGAAGGGAUGGACGGUGAUGUACAACGCCUACGCCAUAGCGAGGCGGGAAGGAGUGUGGGGAGCGGACUGCGGUGAGUUCAGGCCAGAGAGGUGGCUGGACGAGGAGGGAGUGUUCCGGCCGAAGAGCCCGUUCGUGUUCCCGGUGUUCCACGCGGGGCCGCGGAUGUGCCUGGGGAAGGACAUGGCCUACAUCCAGAUGAAGGCGCUGGUGGCCGGCAUCUUGGAGAGGUUUAACGUGGAGGUGGCGGAGGAGAGGAGGCAGCCGCGUCACCUGCUGACGUUCACCAUGAGGAUGGAGGGAGGCCUGCCCGUGAGGGUGAAGGCGAUCGAGGGUGUUUGAUGAAAUGACUGGUUAGACUUACUGGUGUUCGCUUUCUUCGAUGCGCAGCGCAGCGUUCGGUAGAACUUCAACUGAGAUUAUGUCAACAAAUUUUCUUCUUGCAUCUUUGAAGCUUAAAGAACAGUGCAUGUAGCCGCUUGGGAUGGGAAGUGCGAUGACAAGUGAUGGAUCCCUAAACCAUGUCGCUUCCUGCGUCCGACCAUUACAAGAAGUUACCGACAGUGCCAACCAAACAUCACAUAAUAAAUUCAGCAUGCUCAUCAUGCAUUCCAACUUUGA